AUGGCCCAAUACCCAGCCCAGACAGCAUCCAGCCUGAGCCCGACUGUAUCUUCUGCUCCUUCAACAAACGCUGCCGCUGCUGCCCCAUCCGCGCCGACAGCAACCGCUGCCUCCCAGCCUGCUGCACCCCAACACAAACGCGUUUACCAGGCCUGUAUUCCGUGUCGCCGUAGAAAGGUCCGUUGCGAUUUGGGAAGCGUCGACAACCCCCACGAUCCGCCCUGCGUGCGAUGCCGACGCGAGAGCAAAGAAUGCUACUUCAGCGCGACCCGACGAAAGCGCAAGACGGAAGACGGUGCCGACGAACCUGAAGACAUUGACGAAUACACCAUCCGCAAUGGCCGUAAGCGCCUCCACGUCGAAGACAGCCCCCCGGUCGCCAUCGACCGCCGACUCUAUAGCGAAGUUCCCUUGACCCCCGGCGGUUCCAUCGGCCGAAACCAACCCCUCCGUCGACCGACCGACCCCGGCAUCCCCUCUGGCUCGCGCGGCGCUGUUACCCCGAGCACCGUCAGCCAGGCCGAUAGCACGCGCCGCGCAGAGUUUGGCACCUUCGAGGACGAGCCCAACGCCCAUCUCGAGAACGCGGAGGCCCAAGACCUCAUGCGCCCCGGCGUAUACGGACCCCACGAUGCUUUGGACCUGCUGUAUAAGGCGGCCACGGAUAGGUCAGUCCAGCUCCGCCAGUCCCAAGACGCGGCUGCUUACCCUCUCCCGGCUCACAGCCCCGUGACGAACCACAAGCGCCACGAGAGUGUCGCAUCUAUACCGGCCCUGCCUCCACAGCCCAUGAUUGUGACUCCGGGCGCGACCAUGAAGCCUGCGAGCGCCGGCCGUCCCUCUGUGUCAACCAAGCCGGAGCCCCCAAUCAUCGACCCCGAGCUGACGAAGCGGGAUCUCUCUGGGGAACCUGGAUACCAAGAUGCCAUCAAGGCUUGGGGCAGAUUCAGGUUCGUCAGGGCUGGCUGGUUCUCUGCGCAGGAGGCCAUUGACUACAUCGACUACUACUACGAAUAUCUUUCCCCGCUAACACCCAUCUCGCCACCGACAUUCCGAAACCCUGCGUCGCAUCUUACUCUUCUCACGGAGGAGCCGAUUCUCACAAUCACCCUCCUCACCAUUUCAUCUAGAUAUCGAAAGAUCCCGGGAACUGGUGGACAUUGCCGGUCUCAUGCAAUCCAUGAACAGCUCUGGACCUAUCUGCGAGGGAUGAUUGAGAGGUGUCUUUGGGGCCAGGAGGCUUUCGGUGGCGGAUUUACGGCGGCAAUGGCUGGAGCUUCAUCCGUCAUAGAAGAUCAAACCAGCAGCACGGCACCUUGGCGUGGAAUGAGGAAGGGAAGUCUGCGGACGCUGGGAACUGUCGAGUCUCUCAUGAUCUUGACCGAGUGGCACCCCCGCGCGCUCCACUUUCCUCCUGCCGAGGCCAUCGACGAGCUCAUGCUCCCAUCAUAUGAGGGUAGUGAUUUGAUCAGCACCGAUGAGAACGGAAACCAGCGGCCUUCGGCCAAUAUUGGCGGCCGGAGACUUGACAGCUGGCUCGAACCUGCGUGGAGGAGUGACAGAAUGUGUUGGAUGCUUCUCAGCACCGCGAUGGGCCUUGCAUAUGAGCUCGGAGUGUUUGACGACAUUGAUGAGCUGCUUCGUGACGGCGCAAUCACCCGCCCUGAAUAUGAAGAGGAAACCUACAGGCAGCGCGCAAACCGCAUCAAGCGGCUGCUGUUGAUCUACUUGACCCAAUUGGCCGGCCGCCUUGGCUGGACGAGCAUGGUUCCAGAGGUCCUCCGCAAGAGCGACCCCGCCGUGACCCGUCGACGACCGACAUCGACUGAAGGCACAACACCCGGUACCAACCCAUCCUCCCUGUCCAAUGCUUUCAACUACAUCCCGGACCUGGAGCUUGACGAUCAGAUCAUCCACUGCUGGGCCGGUAUCAGCAAUGCCAUGCACAUCGGCAAUGAAAAGUUCUUCAGGUCAAGGAAGCACACGACCGACAUCAUCCAGAGCGGCAAGUAUACCGAGCUUCUGAAGGAUUUCCAACCUCUUCUGCAAGAUUGGUGGAAGGAGUUUGAGCGGUACAGGCUGCCGCCGUACAUCAGACAUAUCCUGACCAUCGAGUACGAGUAUGUGCGCAUCUAUGUCAACUCGCUGUCUUUGCAGGCAGUCGUCGAGCGGUGCACCAACAAUGCUGGAAAUACUGCGCACGCCGGGCACGGCGCGCACGGCAAUCAUAACGCAGGGAGCGCUGCACAACUCUCGCCUCAGACUCAAAACUACUUUGGAAAGCUGCCUCUGGGCCAGUUGGGUGGCUUUGGUGCGACUGAUCAGGAAUACAUCAAAGAAGUCAUCAGCGGUAGCCGCAACCUUCUCAGAACGGUGGUGGAGGGGCUUCUCCCAGGAGAGUACCUCAAGCACGCUCCCGUGCGGACAUACUUCCGCAUCAUCAGCGGCGCUAUGUUCCUGCUCAAGACCUUCGCUCUUGGUGCGCCGCGGUCUGAUGUCAAAAUGAGCAUUGACUUGAUGGACCAGACUGUCGAGGCCCUCCGCAACUGCGUCGUUGACGAUGUUCAUUUGGGCAUUCGCUUUGCCGACUUGCUUGAGUCUUUGACCCGUCGUCUUCGCAACCGGUUCAUCCAGGCGCCUACUCUAGGUCACGCAUCCGCGGAUGGAAGAAGCCCGGAUCCCCAUGGCGUCACUGAUGGCACCGGUGCUGCGGAUGGGCAGAUGGCUAACGGCGUCAACGGCCAGACCUGGUCCAACCACGCAACGAAACUACGGAAUGGACUCAACCCGCACGAAGACCCGAACGCCAUAUCCGCAACACCCUUCGACCUCACCACAGGCAACUUUCCCUACCCGUCCGGUGCCGCCUCUGUUCUGGGUCCUUCUACACCGGCGCCUCACCCCGAAAACACCAGCAACAACACGAACACGAACAACACCAACAACACAGCAGGCUCCACGACCGGCAUGGACAACCUCUUCGACUCGACAGACUGGAGCAACCCCAGCAACGAGAUGUGGUAUCUGCCCACGGGCCCUGCCUUUUUCCAGAACAUGGACAACACCGCCGUGGCCAUGACGGCCGAGGGCGUAAACGUCGGAGGCCUCGACCUCCUUGAGUACAUGGCCAUGGAUAAUUUCAAUGUCAUGGACGGCACGAACGGCGCGCCAUCAUACCCCUGA